CUUCAAAGAGUGAAGCCAGUGAAGGAGAAAUCAGGAGACCAGUCCCCAGCCAUGGAAGGGGCGGUGCAGCUUCUAAGUCGGGAGGGCCACAGCAUCUCCCAUAAUUCAAAGCGGCACUACCAUGAUGCCUUUGUCUGCAUGAACAGAAUGCGCCAGAGAGGGCUCCUGUGUGACAUUGUGCUCCAUGUGGGGACCAAAGAGAUCAAGGGUCACAAAGUCGUGCUGGCAUCCUGUAGCCCUUACUUCCAUGCUAUGUUUACAAAUGAGAUGAGUGAGAGUCGGCAGACUCAUGUGACUUUGCAUGACAUUGACCCUCAAGCACUGGAGCAGCUUGUACAAUAUGCUUACACAGCAGAGAUUGUUGUUGGAGAAGGCAAUGUGCAGACUCUUCUCCCCGCUGCCAGUCUCUUACAGCUAAAUGGGGUGAGAGAUGCCUGCUGCAAGUUCCUGCUCAGUCAGCUGGACCCCUCUAACUGUCUUGGGAUCCGUGGCUUUGCAGACACACACUCCUGUAGUGACCUUCUCAAAUCUGCACACAAGUACGUUCUGCAGCACUUUGUGGAGGUGUCCAAGACUGAAGAGUUUAUGCUACUGCCUCUAAAACAGGUGCUGGACCUCAUUUCUAGUGACAGUCUAAAUGUCCCCUCAGAGGAAGAGGUGUACAGAGCCGUCCUGAACUGGGUCAAACAUGAUGUGGAUGGAAGAAGACAGCACGUUCCUCGGCUAAUGAAGUGUGUGCGGCUUCCCUUGCUGAGCAGGGAUUUCCUGAUGAGCAGUGUGGACACAGAGCUCCUAGUUCGCCAUCACUCAGAAUGUAAAGACUUGUUGAUUGAGGCCCUAAAGUACCACCUGAUGCCAGAACAGCGAGGGGUCCUGAGUAACUGCCGGACACGGCCACGACGCUGUGAAGGGGCCAGCACUGUGCUCUUUUUGCAGUAGGUGGUGGGAGCCUGUUUGCCAUACAUGGUGACUGUGAAGCGUAUGAUACCCGUACUGACCGCUGGCACAUGGUGGCGUCCAUGUCUACAAGAAGGGCCCGAGUGGGAGUUGCAGCUAUUGGAAACAAACUGUAUGCAGUAGGAGGAUAUGAUGGAACAUCUGACCUUGCUACUGUAGAGUCUUAUGACCCUGUAACAAACACUUGGCAGCCAGAAGUCUCCAUGGGAACCCGUCGCAGUUGUCUUGGAGUUGCUGUACUUCAUGGUCUGCUCUAUGCUGCAGGUGGCUAUGAUGGUGCUUCUUGCUUAAACAGUGCAGAGCGGUAUGACCCUCUCACAGGAACAUGGACGUCCAUAGCUGCCAUGAGCACUAGACGAAGAUAUGUCCGAGUGGCAACACUAGAUGGUAAUCUGUAUGCUGUUGGUGGCUACGACAGUUCUUCUCACUUGGCCACAGUGGAAAAAUACGAACCACAGAUAAACACUUGGACCCCGAUUGCUAACAUGUUAAGUCGCCGUAGUAGUGCUGGAGUGGCGGUGCUGGAGGGAAUGCUGUAUGUAGCAGGAGGAAAUGAUGGCACAAGCUGUCUAAACUCUGUGGAGCGAUAUAACCCAAAGGCAAACACAUGGGAGAGUGUGGCACCUAUGAACAUUAGGAGAAGCACGCAUGAUCUUGUGGCCAUGGAUGGGUGGCUGUAUGCAGUAGGAGGCAAUGAUGGAAGCUCAAGCUUGAACUCCAUAGAAAAGUACAACCCACGUACCAACAAGUGGGUUGCUGCAUCUUGUAUGUUCACCCGAAGGAGCAGCGUUGGGGUGGCAGUGCUAGAACUUCUCAACUUCCCUCCGCCCUCCUCUCCUACUCUUUCUGUCUCCUCAACCAGCCUCUGA